AUGAUAUUUACUGAGUAUUUCUUUUUUUUAGAUUUCAAAAGCGCGAAUAAUCCAACAGAAUCGAUUCAUGUAACAAAAACUAUCUCGCCUCAUCUCAGUCGAUCGAAUAGUAAUAGUAGUGUACAAGACAGUGUUUCAUGUGAUUAUAUUCUUGUACCAUCGUCGCCGUCGUCAAUACCUCUACCCGACACAAGUUCCGAUGAUAUUUGGAGCGACAAUCAAUCAGAUAGUGAAGAUGAAAUCGAUUAUUUAACAGAAUUCGUUUGCCCAAGUGGUGAUGAACAUGAAAAAUCUUAUUCAUACGACGAUGAUAUCGACAACGAUGAUAUAUUUCUUGAGACUCAUCUCACUAAAAACCAACUCGACUCAAUUGAUCAUUCGGAAGAUUGCAAAUACCAACGACCAAAGCGUUCACACAAGAAAAUGAAAGCACAAAGUCAGAUAAAAACUAAACAUGCGAAAUCAGUUCUUCUUGACGAACCGAGUUUGCGUUGUAUGCCAUCCACUGGAACAGUUCGUUUGUAUACAUAUGAAGAACUGCGUAACAUUGUUUAUCAACAUCGUUAUGGUUAUCAUUCGUCGUAUAUUACCGAUUAUUCCACAUCAUCAAGAAAAGCUCGACAUGUUAAAUCCGAUCAUGCCAUCUACAUUGAUGAAUCUCAUCUUCACUCAUCUGCAUACCAAUUUCGAGAAUAUACAUUGAAUGAAUACAACAUUCCAGAUGAAUCAUCGUAUGAUGAUACAAUGGUUUCGUUCCUUCUCGAAAUGCAGAAUCGCGAUCUGUCACCGGAAGAUUACGAAAUGCUCUUACGACUGGACGAACGUGUUCAACGAAAAACAGUGAAUACAAGCAUCUUAGAUACACUUCCAACAGUUUCAGCAAACGAGACACAUUUAGAUGAUCAAUGUACAAUAUGUAUGGAAACGUACACUCUCGGCCAAGAAUUGAAAUUAUUACCGUGUAAACAUAUCUUUCAUAGUAAUUGUAUAGAAACAUAUUUAAAAGACUUUUCAAUUCAAUGUCCAUUAGAUAAUUUACCAUUAUUAGCUGUUUAUAAUAUUCGCUCUCAAUUAAUUGUGACUCCAAUGUCAGAUCUUGCAGAAACGUUUCAAAAUGAUAUUUCUCAAAUAUUCAACGAACGUGGUCUUCUUCGAACGGAACUAAUUGCUAAAGAGAAGCUCCUGACUGAUGCUAUACUGCAGAAAAACACUCUUUCGCAAAGUUUAAAACAACUUCGUACGGAACGUGAUGAUUUAUUCGUUAAUAAUCAAAAAUUGAAACAAGAGAAACUUGCUGCUGAGGCAGAAAAAAGUGCGAGUACAAUACACGUGACGAUACUUAAAGAAGAAAAGAGUUUAUUAGAACAGAAACUAUAUCAACUAACUCAACAUUACGAAGAAUCACGUGUACAAAUUGAAGACUUGAAUCGACAAAAUGUUGCUCUUCGAAAUCAGAAGCAACAUCAACAUUCAAUGCCCAUACAAUCAAUAACUGACCAUCGCCAUGAAUUAGAUGAAUUAAAAAGACGAAAUAUCGAAUUGGAACAAGCACGAGAAAGUUUUGUAGAGAGACAUAAACAUGAAUUACAAUUAGUUGUGAAUGAAUCCAAUGCAAAAGAUGAACAAAUUCAAAGUCUCGAACGGCUACUUGCUCAAUAUGAAGAAAAAAUUGAAAUCGAUCAUAGACAUACCAGAGAAUUGGAACAACGAAUUCAAGACAUUAGCCAAUCAUGUCGAUCCCAAGUACCUGAUAAAUUGACAUUGACUAAUGAGGAACUACGUACCAUUGAAACUGAUCCAAAUGGCGCAUCGAUUCUUGCAAUAUAUCGCUCAUCGAAAAGUCUUUUUGAUAUUCUCGUUGAUUAUGCACGUUUACAAAAGCAAAAUGAAACUUUGAUCAAUCAAAACGAGAAAGUCGAGUCUCAACGACGUCAUAGUGAAAAUCACUUGCAUCAAAUUCAAUCUGAAUUGCAACAAUUGAAAGUUCAAAAUGAACGUCUACAAUUCUUGGCUGAUAGUCGACAAACCGAAUACGAACAAGCCAUUCGUGAUAAGCAAACACUGUUCAAGGAAAAGCUUGACUUAGAUAGACAAUUACAACAAAAACUUCGAGAAUUUGACGACUGGCUCGAUGAUCGAAAUAAUAUGCGCGCUCAAAUAUUCAAUCUGUUAGAAAAUGGAAAUGUUAAAGGUCAUUCACGUUCAUUGCCACCUAUGAUUGACAAUGAAAUACUUGCUCGACAAGGUGUUGUUACAUUUAAUAGUGUGGAAGAACUCUAUGAACAGUACAUGAAAACCUUAGCUGAUAUACGUGAAACUGAUCGGUUCAUUGUCGAACUAGAAGAUAACCAUUCGAAAGAAAUGACUGAAAUAAGUCAACGGGAGCAUCUUCUAAAAGAAAAUCUCGAUCAACUUCGUUCGAAACUUGAUCAGACAAGAGCAGAUAUCAAUAUUCAAUCGUUGGCUAAACAGGUACUUGACCGGGAACAGCAACAUAGUACUCCCAAAGCUCCAAUGGCCACAAUUAUCAUGCAAACAGAUUUGAAUGUGCGUGAUCUAAAACACAUCGAAGACAAUGUCCAACAAUUGCAAAGAAUUGUAAACGAAAAAGAAAUAGAACUCAGUCGAGCUCAUGACGAAAUGAAACUUAUUCAACAAAGAUUAGAUUAUGCUGAAAAGCAAUCUAUUGCCGAUAAACGCAAAAUCGAUGAUCUUCAACAUAUUGUUGAUGAAAGCCUUCAACGUUCCAAUUCAUUGCUCGUCGAUGUACAGACAUCUGAAGCAGUAUGUGAGCAACUUCGGGAACAGAAUCGUCUCAUCCAAUAUGAAUACGAUCAACUGCUAGCUACUGUAUCCAAUCUCAAAGCCGAAAUCGAUAAACUCCAAAUUGAAAAACAACAGAUGAGCCAAUUACAAGAACAAGUUCUUGACCGUAUUAAACAAGAUAUUGAAACUAAGACAGCUAGUCAGGAAGAAAAUCUGCGCAAUACUCGAUUACAAGAAUCUGUUGAAGAAUUAAACUCAAUUAUGAAAGAUUGUGUGAAACAAACGGAACUAACCAAUGGCACACCAGCGCAUGUUGCCAACUUAACAAAACUGGAAAUACUUUAUCGGCAAUUGCAACAACGUCAUCAAUGUGAUCUCGAACAGCAUUUUGCUAUAACUGAAUCAUUGAAAAUCAAAGCCAAAGAUGCUCAAACUGAUCUACAUAAACUCGAACGACAAUGUGAAGAAAUGCGUGCGAAAUUUGACGAAGAACAAAUGAAAUCAGCAGCUAAGGUUGCUGAGUUGGAAAGUAAAUUACGUAAUGCUGAUACCACAACAGUCCUAACACGUCUCUUACCCUCUGCGACGCUUGAAAAUCGUUUGAAGGAAGAAGAAGAGCGUACACAACAACUACGAAGUUGGACAAAUAAGCUAACUGAAAAAAUCGAACAUAUUCAAAAACAAAUGGCAAUGGAUAAGAAAGAAUACGAAGAGAAGAUGGAAGAAAUGCGCAAAGGUAUAGGAAAACGAAAAACUUCACGGAAUAUUUUACAUGAUUGGAAAAUAUUUUCAGUGUUAAAAGAUACUCGAAAUGAAUAUGAUGUUGCGGAGAAACGUUUGGAAGCUGCUCAAGAAGAUCAACAAAAAUGCUUGAAUGAAUUCAAAGAGAAGGAAGAAGCACUCGAAAUGGAGAUCUUCAAACUGAAAACUGAAUUAGACACGUCCCAAGCAACAAAUGUUUCUUUGAAAGAAACAAUAUCAAUCAAAGAAAACGACAUUCGAGUUUUACAUGAACGUAUCCUUGACUCGGAAACGAAGAUGAUCAGUUUGGAAAAGGAAUUUUUUACAUUGAAAGAAAAGUAUGCUCGACAAACAAAAGACCAUGACUUUCCAAUCAGUGAACCUCCUUCACCAAUUGUCGUUCAACAAGAUCUGGGUAUUGAUGAUAGUUCAUUGGACACUGGUGUUGAAUUGAAAACUCCAGGAAAACGUCGGCGACUGGCUUCUGCAAAUGAACAAACGCCUUCCAGAAAACGCAUUGUUCGCUCUCAAAGUUUUAAUUGUCAAUCGACCAAAACUGAUGCUGACGAAGCAGUCGACGAUAACGAUGAUGCCAUGUCAACCACUUCGGAACCACCGUCUGCAAAAAAACGAAGACGUCGUGUUAAUGAAGUAUCAACAAUACGAUUACCAGCCGUUGACGAAGAAGGAGAUAAUGAUAGGAGAGGUGCAGCGGUAACUCCUACAUACAAUUUACGUUCGCGGACAAGACGCUUACCACAACUUCAACCCAAUCAAACAACAUAA